AUGGAUUCCGAGGUAACUCGCUUUUCGCGUUUGGUCAAAUGUGAAGUGGGUUCCCUCCCGUUUACGCAUCUGGGUAUUCCAAUCGGAGUUAAUAUGAAAAGAGCAAAAGUUUGGAAACCGGUGAUGGAUAGGUUCUUGGCGAAAUUGUCAAAAUGGAAAGCUAGGUAUCUUUCUUUUGCGGGUCGCAUGACUCUAGCCAAGUCGGUCCUCGGGAGCCUCCCAUCCUAUUUUCUCUCCUUGUUUGCGGCUCCUAAAUGUGUCAUCAAUAAACUUGAAAAGAUUAGAAGGGAAUUCAUUUGGGGUAAAUCAAAUUCGAGGCAUAAGCUAAGAUGGAUUCGGUGGGAGCUCUUAAUGAAGUCAAAAAAGGCCGGUGGUAUGGGUAUUGGGGGGAUUCAAGGUUCCAACCAUGCAAUGCUUUCUAAGUGGUGGUGGAGGUUUAAAGAGAACACAAAUCAGUUAUGGGCCGAAGUGGUGAUAGCGAUUCACAAAGGUAAUGUUACUAGCAAUCCCCCUACUUUUAUUCCUUUGAAAAAAACAAUCCCGGGGGUGUGGAAGGACGUUGGGUCGGUUGAGGUGGCCUUGUCAAAAAUAGGUAUUAACAUUAAAGAAAGCUUAGUGGCAGAGAGGGAUUCGUGGAGAUGGCAGAGUGAUCCGAACGGAUCCUUAUUCGUCAAGCAGGUCUGUUCGGACAUCGAGAAGGCCGCCGAGGGGGAUGGAAAUGAUUCGUAUGUUUUUGGUUGGAACAAUUGGGCCCCUCCGAAAGUGAAUUUUCUACUUUGGAGGGCUAUCAUUGGAAAAGUUGCCUCUAAAGUGGGUCUGAUUCAUAGGGGUGUUCCGCUAUCUGAUAGCACCUGCCCUAGGUGUGGGAUUUACGGCGAGGAUCCCGACCAUAUUUUUGUAAAUUGUCUGUGGGCUCAAAGUAUUUGGCGGAAUGUUCUGACUUGGAUCCGUAUUAGCUUCCCGGUUGAUAUUAUCAACCCUAAAAAUCUGAUAUCUUUCAUUACGGCUUGCCCGGGAGGAAAAGUUUGGAAGCUUUUGGUCUACACGAUAGCCAUGGGGACUGUUUUGAGGAUUUGGAAUGCUAGAAACGAGAAGGUUUUUGAUGAUCACUUCAUUCCUAUUAAUAUAAUGGUGGAGAAGAUCAAAGAAGAUGUGGAGAAGAUCAAAGAAGAUGUGUUCCUUCGGAUUAGCAACCGAUCCAAUCUUAAGUCGCCAAGUUGGGAGAAAUGGAAGACUUGA